AGAUAAUUUUGCUCGCUCGGGCGGUCAUGGCGGCAUCCGCUUCGACGCCCGCCAUGGCCUUAGGGGUCUCGUCGGCGGCCCUCCGAUGCAGAACGACGAGCAGGCUGCCUCUCCUGGUUGGCGCCUCGGAGCAGCUCCCCUCAUCGGCGGCACCUCCGCGCCCGCGCCGCUCCUUCCAAUCCCUCGUCGCCUUCUCUCGGCGCAGGAAGAGCAGCUCGGGGCUCGCCAAAACUAAGGAAGGUCCUCCCAGGCGUAAGUCAACAGAGCAAAAUAAUGAUUGGGCUGGAGAUGAUAUUGAUGAAGAUGCUUUUGAGGCACUUUUCAGCCAACUGGAGGAAGAUUUGAAAAAUGAUAACGUUCUGAGUGAUGAUGUUGAUGAUGACAUAAGUGAAGAAGAUUUGGCUAGGCUAGAACUAGAGUUAGAGGAAGCACUAGGGGUUGAAGAUAAUGAUGAUAUUUCUGGAAUUUCACCAAGUUCUGGUCAUUUGGGCAGUGAUGAGGAUGAUGAGUAUGAAGACAGAAGACCAAAGCUUAAGAAUUGGCAGAUGCGGAGACUGGCACGUGCUUUAAAGAUUGGUAGGCGUAAAACUAGCAUUAAAAGUCUUGCUGCAGAACUUGGGCUAGAAAGGGCUUUUGUCCUCGAAUUGCUUCGUGAUCCACCUCCAAAUCUUUUGCUUAUGUCUGCUUCUUUACCUGAUGAAAUCAAACAGACAAGUGAACCUUCAAGCGAGUCCUUAAUGGGUGACACCACACAUACACCUGAACCAGAAAGCAAGCUGUUGGAAUCUCCUCCUGCUAUAAUGACAGAUGAUGUACAAAGCAAGCCCGCUAAAGAACUUCCUGUUCACGUAAUGCGAACAAGGUGGUUGGCACAGAAGAGACUGAAGAAAGUGCAUAUCGAAACAUUAGAAAGAGUUUACUUGCGAACAAAACGUCCGACUAAUGCAAUGAUCAGCAGUAUAGUACAUGUAACAAAUCUUCCAUGGAAGAGAGUGCUGAAGUGGUUUGAAGAGAAGCGACUCGAGGAUGGAAUUCCUGAUCAUCGUGCUCCAUAUCGGCGGUCUUCGCCUGGGACCAUCUCCGCUGGUUGAUCAGAAGUUCUACUCCAGGAAACUUUUGUAACUUUCCUCUGAAACCUGUUAUACUGCUCAUUAGCUCUUUAAGAGUCCAAGUUCCUAGAGUAGCUGUACACAAACUUUUGCAGGGCCUGUAUAUCUGUUUCGUUCAAGCGCAAUGCUUUGAGAAGCUUGUUUUGCAUUUUUAGGUUAUUUAUAUUGCAUUUUUUUGCCUUAAAUGAUGGAUUAAGAUCUUGAAGUUCAA